AUGGUCAAGAAAAUUAUUGUGAUAUCAAAUACAGUACUUGUUUGUGAUCUGACUAAAAGGUCUUUAAAAAGAUGGUAUCAAAAGCGGAAUGAAAAUAUUAAAAAGGAAGAACAGAAAAGAAACGAAAUAUCAAACCCUCCUUUAGAAAAUUACAUUAAUUUCCUUUCAUAUAAAGAAAACGAUUUAACCAAAGUUUUAUUUCUAUAG